UCAAAAUCUUCUUCCUCGACCUUUGUUAAACUUCCAGCGAGGAAACCCUCAAGAGGCAGAGUACCUUACUUUUGCAAUUUCCCGUUUAAAUCACUUCUAGAACCCUAAUUCAUACAUUCACACAUUCAUAAAUCAAAGCAAAAGCAGAAGAGCAAGCAUAGGGCUGAGAUUCCAGCUCCAAUUCCUCCGUCUCAAGAUGGCAUCCGCCGCCGCCACCUCCUCCACCGCCACUAUGUUCGGAACCGCCGCCGCCGCCUCAGAUGGCUGCUCACGUCGAGUUUUCGUUACAACCACCGUCCAGGUGCGCGCCUCGCGGAGUUCUCCGGCCUUCCUCAGAACGAGUAGAGCUAUCAAAACUUACUCCUCCUGCAGCAAUUCGUCCGUUGUAAAUGCUGCAUUGGUCACUGAGGUAUCUGCUAAGGUUAUUGAUGGAAAAGCCACUGCGAAAGAGAUCAGAGAGGAAAUAGCUGCUGAAAUAUCAAAAAUGAAGGAAUCUAGCGGUGUUGUUCCUGGACUGGCUGUUAUUCUUGUUGGAGAGAGGAAGGAUUCUGCAACUUAUGUACGCAACAAGAAAAAAGCCUGUGAAUCAGUUGGGAUCAAGUCUUACGAAGUACACUUAGCUGAAGACUGCUCAGAGCAAGAAAUCCUUCAGCAUAUCUCAGCCUUCAACGAUGAUCCUGCAGUUAAUGGUAUCCUUGUUCAGUUGCCUCUACCUUCCAAUAUGAAUGAGCAAAAUAUUUUGAAUGCGGUCUGCAUUGAGAAAGAUGUUGAUGGAUUUAGCCCACUGAAUAUUGGCCGCCUGGCAAUGAGAGAUAGAGAACCACUAUUUGUUCCGUGUACGCCCAAAGGAUGCAUAGAGUUGUUGCACAGAUAUGGUGUCCCAAUCAAGGGAAAGAGGGCCGUUGUAAUAGGCAGGAGUAAUAUUGUCGGAAUGCCAGCUGCCCUUCUCUUGCAAAGGGAAGACGCCACUGUUACAGUCGUCCACUCAAGAACAAAGAAUCCUGAGGCUAUCACUAGAGAAGCAGACAUUGUAAUCACCGCGGUGGGGCAGCCAAACAUGGUCAGAGGUAGCUGGAUCAAGCCUGGUGCUGUUGUCAUCGAUGUUGGAAUCAAUCCAUUUGAGGACACGAGCUGCAGUCGUGGAUAUCGGCUCGUUGGAGACGUAUGUUAUGAGGAGGCUAGCAAGAUUGCUUCAGCCAUCACCCCGGUUCCUGGGGGAGUUGGGCCUAUGACCAUAGCAAUGCUUCUCUCCAACACUCUUUCUGCAACUAAGCGAGCUUACAAUUUGGAAUGACAUUGUCUCAGCUAUGGAGAAUAAGGAGCAAAAUUUUGGGUUGAAAUUUACCUCGCUUUAGCAUCUCCUCUUAAAUUGAAAGAUGUAACGCUGCUUAUUUAGUAGUAAUGCGUUUUCCGUGUUCCGAAUUAUCGCAUUUCUUCGAACUGAAUUUGGAAAGGCAAGUGAAGAUUAUAGGCUACUGAAUCAGAUCUCAGCAGAAGCCAAGUGGCUGCCCGACAAGCGUCUUCUUAUUCGAUCGCCGCCAUUGUGUAUGAUUUUAACAGUUUUACCAAAUUACAUACAGAUUGAUUCAUCUUCCUUUACUAAACGUCCCAUGUUAAUUGACUCAUUUCCUUUUUUUAUGGGGGAAAAAUUAAGUCUCUUCUCUCUUGUA